CUUUUCUUAGGUCCCACAAUAUGGUGCUUGCCACUUAACUCUUCUGAUGGAAUUGAACGUAAUUAUCGGAUUACUGUGCUGGCGCUGUGAAGCUGACAAUAUUUACUAUACCUCGGUCAUGUCGCCGUGCUCUGACACUCGGUCACUUCUGUUUGGGACCUAAAAAAGAAACAUUUUACAUUUUUUUGUAUAUAUAUAUAUAUACACUACAGAGAUUUAUGCGGUAGGAAAAGCUAUGGUCGAGUGGAGUGUCAAGUCCAAGUGGAUGCAGCAAUAGUAAUACAAAGGAUUCUUUCACAGCGGCAAGGGGUGGAACCCAUCUCGCUAUAUCGUCAUGUCUGUGUCCUCUCUUCCGGAAUGGAAGCAACUCCUAUUGGAGAAAAAGAGGAGAGAGGAAGAAGAGCGAGGGAGGAGAGAAAAAGAGGAGGAGGAGAAGUUUGCCAACAUGCCUGCCUGGAAGAGAGGGAUCAUUCAGCGGAGGAAGGCAAAGCAGGAAGUCCUGUUUGACAGGGAGAAGGAAAGAGAGUUCUCUGUCCUGCAGGUGGAUGCUCAACCUCCCUCUGAUGGGUUGAGUGACACAGACAGCUCUGUAGCUGUCAAUCAGGGAAACGAACAGUCACUCAGUCCAGAUCCGGGCCAGUGGUUGGGUGCCGAACCUAAGCCAGCAAGUGAGGUGUCCGUGGAAACCAUCGUUCCAGUCCAUGAAAACCCAUUUAUUCGCACACAAAGUGUGUGGAGGAAGGGGAAGGAAGGAGAUGUAGGGCACCACGAGGUGGACGCAAAAGAGAGGGACAAAGACAAACUGACCCCCAAGAGUCAUGAUGGGGAGAGAGGACGAGGGAUGAAUAUAGAGCUAAAAAUAGAGAGAUUUCGAGAUUUGAGUGAAGGACGAGACAAAGAAAGGAGCAGAGACCGAAGUCAAGGAAGAGAGACUACCAGGGAGGUUUGGGAAAAGGACAAAUGUUCAUGGAAAGAUGUAGCCAAGGAUAAAGAAUUCCUGAAAGAGGAACAUGAAACAGAUCGACCUAGUUCUUUUUCUUCACUGGUCCCUUGUCUGCGAACCAUCCGUGCAGACAAUAUCAUCAUCAUUGAACAAGAGCAGCGAGGCAAUGACGAGAGAAGAGCUAAAUGGACGGAUGUGGAGGUGGACAGGUCUGAGGAGGAGUUGCAAGGGAAGAGAGGAAUGAAGAUGGACCUCAGGGAGAUCCUGGCAGGAGGAGCGAGUGUGACUGAGAUCAGGGCAUCUGAUGUUCUUAUCAUAAAGCCCACGGCAAGCAUGGAAGAGAGGACCUCCUUAGGGGGAGGAGGCAAAGGUUCUGGGAGAGAGGAUGGAGAUGCGUGCACCACAGAGGGAAAGAGGGAGCUGAGGACCGACAUGUCCUGGUUGAAGGAGAAUUCCAAAGACACAGAUAGACUAUGCAGCCAGGCGACAAUGAUAAAGGAUAACAGGAGGGACAGCUUGGACGAAAAUGUGUUUCAUGAAAAAGGAGGGCGAGUUAGCCAGCUGCUCACUAAAUUUGGAGAACACCGUAAGCCUCCAUCUAGAUCAAAAAGCUCGGAUAAUUUCCUCCGGCCCGGAAGAAGGAAACACUUUGGUGAAAACAAUAAUGAACAAACAGUGGAGUGCAUGUCUGAUGGGAGAAAUAUGCCACUUAGAGGUGUGCCGAAACGCUCCUUUAGCUUCUCUGAUAGGGUCCUCUGUGAUAAGGAGAACGGCUUGGAUCCCGAUGUGUGUUUUGAGAGGAAAACAUGUGAGAGGGUAUAUUCAGACAAGAGUGUGGCAGGCUUAGGCAAGGACACACCAAUUAAGGGCAAAAUAGUGUGUACGCGGCUUUUGGAUAAAGACAAGUUUGGAAAGGAUGCAGAAAGCAAUGAGGAUCAACGUGAUGCAAUACCGAGGAGAGGUGAAAUAAGAAUAGGAUUCCAAAAUAGGACCGAAGUCAAAAAGUUAGACCCAGUUGAGAGGAGGGCUACAGGGAUGCCAAACGAUGAAGACAGAGAAGGAUUUACAAUGGCAUCUGUUAAAAGCACAGAGGGAAUCUCAUUUGCAAGGAGAAUACCAAUUAGGCAAGAUGUAAAGACAAGGACAGCUGAAAAAACAGUGAAGCGAGUCACAGAGAAAAGCGAGCUGAGGGCAGGGAACGAUUGUGACUCAGGAAGACAAAAUUGCGAUAAAACAUUAUUGGAUGCUUUUGAAAACCCUGAUGCAUCUGCCUACCGUAGCACUGCGGAGACUUGCUUCAGACUUGAAUCAGACCACAGAGAGUACUCUGGUCUUCUCAGUACUGUAGUACAAAAAGGGGCAGAGCAUAGUGGGUUGUCCUAUCAAACAGAAGACCUCAUCAACAAAAUAGAAAAAGUAGGAGACACAACUGAUUAUACCAGUGAGAGGACUCGGGGGAUACAAAUUCCCAAUGAAAACUCUACUCCCAGAUCUCCGAAAAGGAUACCUCCAAUAGGAAACCCUCCAUGUGCCCUUGAGAUCCAAAUCCCCAGGACAGUCUUUUAUGUUGCGGAGGAGUUGGAUAGAAAAAAAAACUCAAGUCAAAGCCAGGAAAGUAAAGACUUGGAGGGAGGAUGCGGGGUUGAGAGGAGGGAUAGCUGGCGUGUUGGCAAGCCCUUGAGCCGCAUUGAGUCCCUGCGAGAGAAAAUUAGGCAAAGAGAGCAGGAGAGGCUGAGGCAGAGGACGACACACGGUGUGGAUGGAGGUGAAGGUGCAAGAGUCUCUGAUGCGUCUCUGAUAACAGCAGAUGACACAUGUGCAGAGACGAGGACUGAAAAACCCGCAGCACAUUUGCAGAAGACAAUGGUUGGAGCAGAGAGCUGUGAGGAAGACGCAGAGGCCCAGACAUCCGUGACUGCAUUUGACAUCACACAGGAAGUCGGCCUGUUGAAAAACAGCCCUCAACUUCCUGUUUCUGUCCAACACUCACACACUGUGGAUGGAGAGGAAGUAAGUCGCGAUCUCGCUCAUGCUACCUCCGAAGAUACCGGUGAAUCUCAUCAAAUAUCUCAGGAUGAACCCAAUCCAGUGAAGCAUGUGGAAGAACAACUGACUCACCACAGGAACCAAGAAGAGGAGGAAGGCAAGGAGGUCUCUGAAAAGGAAGUGGAGGCUUACACAUUAUCCUUCGAUCCCGUUCAACCUCUCUCUCCUUCGCCACCGCAUCCCAACUCCCUGGCAGCCAUGAGUCGGAUAUACAACUUGGAGACGGUUGGUUCGAGAUCAGGCUUGUGUUUGAGAGACAGGAACGUGGAUGUAACAUCAGUGCAUCUUUUGAAGGUGAAGCCCCUCAUCUCAGAAAAUGCACAACACAGGGAUGGUAAUAUGUUCUCAGGGGAAGACACUUGCGGGCUCCAGAAAUUUCAGCUACAAGAGCAGGAAGUAACAAUAUCAAACACUCCUUAUAAGGAGAAAGAGACAAAAGGACCCCAAAGCAAAGGAAUGAAGAAGCAUCAGUUGAAGGAUUACGCCAAGAUCGAGGGGACAGGUCAGGAAACACUUGACAUGAACUCUAUAGUGCGUCCCAGAUGUUUUUUUCCUCCAACAUCUCAGCUCAAGCAACCAAGCCCAAUUAAUACCUCACAUCUCAGGAGCCAAUCCCCAGACAGAUCUCUGAAACCCUCAGACUGUGCACCAACUCCAGUCUCCUCCCCAUGCUCCCCGUCUCCUGCUGCCUCCCCCACGGCCUCGCCGACUUUGUUCUCCAUCCGUAGUGCCUCUGGCGGUCACGUGAAAAGAGGAGCCACCGUCACAAUCACCCCAAAAAAGUCCACAGUAGCCGGAAGAACAGCUGAUUUGAUGGCGCCGUCCAUCACAGCAGCAUGCACCAACGCAAACACGCUCCAGAAGCACCAAACCCCAACUUUGACUGUUGCUGAGCCCAUGAAGAAGAAGUAUCCAACAGCAGAGGAAAUUGAAGUGAUUGGCGGAUAUCAGAAUCUGGAAAAGUCCUGCCUUGUUAGGAGCAAAGGGACUCAGAAACUGGGUAAGGUGUGUUUCGAUGAAGACCAGCUGGAGCAGGUAUGCGAGUAUCCUUCCGAGACCUCCAUGUGGGCGUCCGCCACCUCUGAGAUUCCACAGGGAGAGGAGACACAGGAGGCGGAAGCGGACGGCGGAGCCAUCGUGUCUAAGAGCUCAAGGAAUUUGACUACUGCGAUAGGACACCGUCUCCGAGUGGGUCAGUGUCACCCCCUUCUCAAAAAACACAACGUGUGAUAAUUGUUCUCUCACUGUCAUCAUGGUUGGACAUGUGGGCACGGUGCACAUUCAGGUUUACAUUAAGUAGGUUAUUGGAUAUUUACAGUGGAUCCCUGUUGAGUCGGGAUUUCAGCAUUCAUUUUGUAUUUAUUUCCACCGAAAUUUUUACAUAUUGGUGUCUUUAUGCUUCACCGUUUUUUCCGUCAAGCUUUGUUCGCACCACAGUUACUGUGUGACGCAGAAAUGAAAUUUAAACUUAAAGGAUAUUAACUUUCUCCUAUGGCGUAUUAGGGCCACAUUGAAAAAAAAAAGAUUUAAAGAAUAAAGUCGUAAAUUUGUGAGAAUAAAGUUGUCAAUUUACGUGAAAAAAGUCACACUACUUGUAGAUUUACACAUUUUUUUCUCGUAAAUUUGCUCUUUUUUUCUCAUAAAUUGACUUCUUUCUCGUAAAUUUACGACUUUAUUGAAAUAAUCUGAGAUUUUGAGAAUAAAGUAGUAAAUUUACUAGGAUAAAGUUGUCCAUUUACGAGAAAAAAGUUGUAAAUUCAUGAGAAAAAGAGUCAUACAUUUACGAGAAACAAGACUUUUUUUCUCGUAAAUUUACGACUUUUAUUUCAGAAAUUUAUGACGACUUUAUGUCCUCUUAUCGUUGAAAUCUCAGAUUAUUUAAAUCAAGUCCUAAAUUUAUUUUAAAAAAGGCAUAAAUUUCCAUGAAAAAAAGUCGGAAAUUUACGACUUUUUCCGUAAUAUUACCUUUGCCAAAGACCAAAGGUCGCAUAAGUUCCCCCCUUUUCAUAGCUGUCUCGGACGAUGCCUGUUACGAUGGAGUAUUAAAAUAAUCUGAGAUUUUGAGAACGCCACGAAAGUUUUUUUCCUUCCUGAAGAGCUAUGCUCUAUUUUCCCUCUCAAACGUAUGACACGUAAUAUUACGACUUUUUUUCUCGUAGAUUUAUUACUUUAUUUUUUGUAAAUUAACAACUUUAUUCUCAUAGUGUUAUGACUUUUUUCUCGUAAAUUUAUGACUUUACUUUUGAAAUGUCAGAUUUUUUUUUUUAUGUGGCCCUGACACACCCAAAAAAAGGUCGGAAUAUUACGUGUCCUCAUGUCAUACGUGUCAGAGGGGAAAAUAGAGCGUGGCUCUGAUUACGACUUUAUUCUCAUGAUAUUACGACUUUUGGCCCAUAAAUUUACGACUUUAUUCUUGUAAAUUUGUGACUUUUUUUGGCGUGAAUUUACGAAAAAAAAGGUCGUAACAUUGCGAGAAUAAAGUUAUUCUCGUAAAUUUGUGACUUUUUUUGUCCUGAAUUUACGAGAAAAAAGGUCGUAAUAUUGCCAGAAUAAAGUUGUAAAUUUACUACAAUAAAGUCGUAAUGUUGCGCGUCAUACGUGUCAGAGGGAAAUAUUGCGAGAAUGAAGUUGUAAAUUUACUACAAUAAAGUCGUAAUGUUACGUGUCCUCAUGUCACACGUGUCAGAGGGAAAAUAGAGCAUAGCUCUGAUUCCGACUUUAUUCUCAUGAUAUUACGACUUUUGGCCCAUAAAUUUACGACUUUAUUCUUGUAAAUUUGUGACUUUUUUUGGCGUGAAUUUACGAAAAAAAAGGUCGUAACAUUGCGAGAAUAAAGUUGUACAUUUACUACAAUAAAGUCAUAAUGUUUCGUGUCAUACAUGUCAGAGGGAAAAUAGAGCAUAGCUGUGAUUACGACUUUAUUCUGAUGAUAUUACGACUUCUGUCCUGUAAAUUUACGACUUUAUUUGCGUAAAUUUGUGACUCUUUUUGGUGUGAAUUUACGAGAAAAAAGGUCGUAAUAUUGCAACAAUAAAAUUGUAAAUUUACUACAAUAAAGUCAUAAUGUUACGUGUCAUACAUGUCAGAAGGAAAAUAGAGCAUAGCUGUGAUUACGACUUUAUUCUGAUGAUAUUACGACUUUUGUCCCGUAAAUUUACGACUUUAUUCUCAUAAAUUUGUGACCUUUUUUGGCGUGAAUUUACGAGAAAAAAGGUCGUAAUAUUGCGACAAUAAAGUUGUAGAUUUACUACAAUAAAGUCGUAAUGUUACACUUCAUACGUGUCAGAGGGAAAAUAGAGCAUAGCUGUGAUUACGACUUUAUUCUGAUGAUAUUACGACUUUUGUCCCGUAAAUUUACGACUUUAUUCUCAUAAAUUUGUGACCUUUUUUGGCGUGAAUUUACAAAAAAAAGGUCGUAACAUUGCGAGAAUAAAGUUGUAAAUUUACUACAAUAAAGUCGUAAUGUUACGUGUCAUACAUGUCAGAGGGAAAAUAGAGCAUAGCUGUGAUUACGACUUUAUUCUGAUGAUAUUACGACUUUUGUCCCGUAAAUUUACGACUUUAUUCUCGUAAAUUUGUGACUCUUUUUGGCGUGAAUUUACGAGAAAAAAAGUCGUAAUAUUGCGACAAUAAAGUUGUAGAUUUACUACAAUAAAGUCGUAAUGUUACACUUCAUACGUGUCAGAGGGAAAAUAGAGCAUAGCUGUGAUUACGACUUUAUUCUGAUGAUAUUACGACUUUUGUCCCGUAAAUUUACGACUUUAUUCUCAUAAAUUUGUGACUUUUUUUGGUGUGAAUUUACAAAAAAAAAGGUUGUAACAUUGCGACAAUAAAGUUGUAAAUUUACUACAAUAAAGUCGUAAUGUUACGUGUCAUACAUGUCAGAGGGAAAAUAGAGCAUAGCUGUGAUUACGACUUUAUUCUGAUGAUAUUACGACUUUUGUCCCGUAAAUUUACGACUUUAUUCUCGUAAAUUUGUGACUCUUUUUGGCGUGAAUUUACGAGAAAAAAAGUCGUAAUAUUGCGACAAUAAAGUUGUAGAUUUACUACAAUAAAGUCGUAAUGUUACGUGUCAUACGUGACAGAGGGAAAAUGGCUGAUUUUCUUUAAUCCAAUGUGGCCCUAAUACCUAAUACUGCCACAGCUUAAUAAAUCCACCAAACAGAAGACAAACUGUCGUGUCCUUUAACUAGAACACACAAAUCUAUACCUCUACCGCUUGGAGAACCGCCUUCUCUCGCCUGCAUGCCUCUGAUCUAAUCUAACAGUCACUCUAAUUGCAUAUGUUGAUUCAAAAUUGAAGGAGAAUGUCAACGUCAAGCUAGCCGGGGAGUUCGGAGGGGCAAGGAAUGCGAGUCGCGUCUGAAAAACAGACAUUUUUAUUCACGGCUCAUUUAUUACGCCGAUAGUGGGGAUCUACUGUAAUAAUAAUACUUUUGGAACUCCCGUUAUUUACCUUCAAUCUCCACCUCCUCUCUUUUCCAGAUGAGUCUUGCCCACGGUAGACAGCACUCACCCGCCAAAUUUCCUGCGUGAUACGAUCAGGUUCUUUUUAGUAGCUGCAAUCUCUGUGGUGUUGUGUUUGUUAUAGUAACAGUGUGGGAGGAGUGCAAAAUCAUAUGUAUGAUUAUGUUUAUAUUUAAUUGUAUUAUCAGAAUGUAUGGUACAUUUAUAAAGCACAGUGGGAAAAGAUCACUUGUCCUAUGCAAUGUAUUUUUAGUUUGUAUAUUUGAUAGGACUGAUGGACCGUCCAGGGUGCACCCAAGCUGGGAUAGGCUCCAGCUCACCCGAGACCCUAUGAUUUGCAUGCCAUCUGGUCCCUUGUGCCUACUGUACUGUACAGUAUAUACUAAACCCGUACAGAUGAUAUGAGGAUCCGUUCAUGUAGACAAGCUAUUUUUAUUUCAUGUGUGUUUGUUAGGUGACUGUUUUUGUUCAUGUAGAAGUGGCAAACGCUUUAUGACUCAGGAAGAAGACUUAUUUUGCGGACUGUAUUAUGAUGGAUGCAAAUAUUGUAGUUUCUAAAUGAGCAAAGUCUCUGGAUUCUCCACAUUUGAUGUCAUCAUAAUUGAAUUGAAUUUGUAAUAUAUUUUCUACUUUUGAAGAA